AUGAGGCGCGCGUCGUCGCGGCUCAUCCUGCUGCGGCACGGCCAGAGCGAGUGGAACGGCGCGUCGGGCUUCGGCCCGGCGCGGUUCACGGGCUGGGUCGACGUGGCGCUCACGCCGAGCGGCGAGGCCGAGGCCGCGGCCGCCGGGGCGCUGCUCCGCUCGCAGGCGCCGCCCAUGGCCGUCGACGCGGCCUUCACGUCGGAGCUCCGGCGCGCCGCGAAGACCGCGGAGCUGUGCUUACCGGGCGCGGCCGUCGCGCGCGACGCGCGCCUGAACGAGCGGCACUACGGCGCGCUGCAGGGCGUCCGCAAGGACGACCCCGGGCUCCUCGCGACGCCGCUCGCGCACUCGACGCAGACAAAGAAACCGCUCACGGCUUCGGAACUCGAGAAGAUCCGCCGGUCCAUGCGCGAAGCGCCUCCUGCCAUGAGCGCGUCGCACCCGCAUUACGACGCGAAAGCCCCUCCGACGGAGUCGCUCGCGGACUGCCAGCGGCGCGUGCUCGCGUGCUUCGACGAGCGCGUCGCGCCGGCCGUGCGCGGCGGGCGGACCGUCCUCGUCGCGGCGCACGCGAACACGCUCCGCGCGCUCAUCGCGGCCUUGGACGGCGUGCCCGACGCGCUCGUGCCCAAGAUCUUCGUACCCAACGCCGUGCCCUGCGUCCCGCAGGAGAAGGCGGCGGCGACGCUCACGAGCCCGUAG